UAUCAUAUCAGAAAUAGCGAUGGGAGUUGAGUUCCCACUUUCAGCAGGAGAAGAAGAUAGUUUCAUGUAACAACUAACAACUAACAACUAACAACCAACAACUACAGGGUAGAAGAGACUCGAUAGGCAUAUCUCGGUACACUCUCAACACACCCUCAGUAUACUCCCCAUCUAAUUUCUUCUGCCAAAGAGCCUGAAAUGCCGAACAAGAAGAGGAAGAGACUCGAACGGCCUACCAUUCAUCCUCGCAAUAGAUACUCUGAGAACCCACCUGAUUUUCGUCUGUUGGCGUCGCUGUAUCCGUCAUUCGAAUCCUUUGUCUUCUACUCUCACGACGGUCGACCCAGGAUCGAUUGGACUGAUUUCAAUGCCACAAGAGAACUCACCAGGGUCCUGCUCGAUCACGACCAUGGUGUCAAAUGGUGGAUUCCUGAUGGCCAACUUUGCCCCACGGUACCCAAUAGGUCCAAUUAUAUCCACUGGAUUGAAGAUCUUUUAUCAUCUGAAAUCAUUGCUAAGACUAACACUAGUCAGGAUAAGGUGAGGGGAUUUGAUAUUGGAACUGGAGCUAACUGCAUCUACCCACUUCUUGGUGCGUCUCUCUUGGGUUGGAGCUUUGUUGGAACAGACGUUACUGAUGUUGCCCUAGAGUGGGCAAGACAAAAUGUUAGGAAUAAUCCACACAUAUCAGAAUUGAUUGAAAUUAGAAAGUCUGGUGAUGCAGGGCAGAGCCUCUUGACAGAAGAAACUUGUAGUGGACAGAUGGUUUCUGGUGAACCUGAUCCAGGCUUAGGAGAUAUUUUGUCUGAGAAAUCAGAAUCAUUAACUUCAAAUCCAGUAGUUUCUGAUAUUAUGAAGGAAUACCAUGGACCACCUGUACUUUUUGGUGUUGUUAAGGAUGGUGAGAGUUUUGAUUUCUGUAUGUGCAAUCCUCCAUUUUUUGAGAGCAUGGAAGAAGCAGGACUAAAUCCAAAAACUUCAUGUGGUGGCACUGCUCAAGAGAUGGUUUGUCCCGGUGGAGAAAGGGCUUUUAUAUCUCAAAUAAUUGAAGACAGUGUUAUUUUGAAGCAAUCUUUUCGGUGGUACACUUCAAUGAUUGGGAGGAAAUCCAAUCUAAAGGUACUAGUAUCCAAGCUUCGGGAGGUGGGAGUCACCAUAGUGAAGACUACUGAAUUUGUCCAGGGAAAAACAUGUCGGUGGGGUCUUGCUUGGUCUUUCACACCUCCAUUGAAGAAGAUGAUAGUGUCUCAUCUGGUUGAGAAGAGAAAAUUUUCAUUCAUGCUUGAGGGUCUUCAACGUCAAUUCAGUGCUAUACAUGUACUGAAAUCAGUGGAGUCAUUUUUCACUGCGGCUGGUGCAUCUUGUAAAUCCAACACCUUAUCAUUUAUUGUUGAUGUAACUGCAUCAAAAGAGCAUGUUGAAGCAAUCCUAAAAAGUGUGCCCCAGAAAAUUGAUGAGAGUGUUAAUUGCCACUUUAUGUCUGAGACAUCCAAUGGCUCAAGUAGAUUGCACACUCCAGUUGAUGAUAAACUAUGUUUCCAUGUUUCGGUCUUUCAGCAAAUUCCAGGCACCCUUCUAGUGAGGGGAUCAUUAAAUCAUGACGGAAAUUCAGAGUCAGGAGCAUUUUCAUCUAUAUUCCAACAAUUGGAGGAAGUUCUGAAGAAGGAAUUCUGUAGGCAAAGACCACUAUAGAUGGUUCUGAUGCUAUUCAAACAAAACAUUUGAUGGCAUGCUGAACUCAAAGAUGGAGUAUGGGUCUAACAUCUCAGUGCCUUGGGGUUUUUUCCAACAAGAAAAGUAACUGACAAAUAAAGGGUACAACAAAACUAUAAAACAAGAGUUGAGACUUGUGUGAUGAUUGGGAUAUCUCACAAGAAACUUGGUGAGGUUCAAUUUGCAUACUUGGUACUUCCUAUCAGACCAUGAACAUCAUCCGCGUUUUCAUGGCAACCUGUAAUAGAAAGAGUUGAGACUUGAGGAGAGAUUGGCUUGGUGGAAGUGUAAGCUAUUAUCCUUUGGUGGCUGUAUUACUUUGAUUUAAAGUUUUGUGACCAAUUUGCUCAUAAAUUAUCUUUCCUUGCUAAAGAUAAUUUCAGGUUGGUAAGGGGCCUAGUAUUCUUUUUUGGGAGGAUGAAUGGAGUGGUUUUGGUAGAUUUUGUGAUCCUUGUCCUAGACUCUACAGGUUAAGUGAGAAGGAUAUCACGAUUAAUCUGUGCUUUGAAAUCAGGAAUGAUAGAGUUAUUUGGUGUCCAAAAUUUUAAAAACCAUAAUAGCCGCACCUAGAAGUAGAUGAAUGUUUAUCUCUUUCUGAACCAGAUGCAAGAUGGUGGAAGGAUUAAUGGACAGCUCACAGUAAAUUCAUUUUUAUUCUGCACUUAAUUCUAAACCAGGUGGGCAGAGCUGAAUCGAGAGGUAUUAGGGGUAAUCCAAUGCCACCCAAGGUGGAAGCUUUCACAUGGCUAGUUGCCAUGAACAAUACAGGACAAUCUCUUCAUUACAUGCAUUUCAGCUCACAAUGGAUCAGCUGAGAGAGAGAGAGAGGGGACGACAGGUUCUAAGUAUGCUUUUUUGUUCAACAGAAAUGAAUAAGAUGCAGGACAUCUUCAUCAUAUGCAGCUACACCAGAUUCAUUUGGGGAUUUUUCUUCUUUAAAAGUUGUUCACAGCCUUUGAAUCCCAAUGAGAUGUUUGCAACUUGGCCAAGAGGCCCAAGACUUCAGGAGAGUAAGAAAGGCUUUUUGUUUUUUUGGAGCCAUGUUCUGUUUGCUGUACUGUGGUGUAUUUGGAAGGUAAGAAAUGUUUA